GGGAGGGAGGGUGGGAGGGCCAGGUGCUGCUCUUCAGGCAGGUCUGAAGGUGAACUGCACCUCCCCCUUGAGCAGUCUUGGUCCCAGGAGUCAGGAGUGAACACAGCCGCCUGCCCGCCCUGGACACCAGGUCCUGGGAGCUUCCGGUUGGCAAGCGACAUCUCUGGGGUGUAACUGAGGCUGAUUUGAAACCAGAGGUAAACCGACAGUCACUGGCCCCACCAUGUCGCAAGUGAUGUCCAGCCCCCUGCUGGCAGGAGGCCAUGCAGUCAGCUUAACUCCCUGUGAAGAACCCAGGAGGGUCCUGCACCCAGCACCCAGCCCCAGCCUGCCACCCCAGUGUCCUUACUACACCACAGAAGGCUGGGGAGCCCAGGCCCUGAUGGCCCCUACACCCAACAAGGGACCCCCCAGCAGGCUCCAGCAAGGCCCACAGACUGGGGCCAAAGCCAGCUGCCUCCUACAGUCCCCUGGUGAGCAGGCCUCAGGGGCCCUGGAGGACCUUGACUCCUACAUUGACUUCUCACUGGAGAGCCUCAACCAGAUGAUUCUGGAACUGGACCCCACCUUCCAGCUGCUCCCCCCAGGAGCUGGUACGCCCUGGGCCGAACCUACCCAGAGCAUUACCACAAAGAAAAAGAAAGACGAGCCUGAAGCCUUGGACAUAAAGUACAUCGAGGUGACCUCCACCAGAUCAAGGUGCCAUGAUGGCCCCCAGCGCUGCUCCAGCCCAUCUGUCACUCCACCCUUCGGCUCCCCGCGCAGUGGUGGUCUCCUCCUUUCCAGAGACAUCCCUCGAGAAACUCGAAGCAGCAGCGAGAGCCUCAUCUUCUCUGGGAGCCAGGGCAGGGGGCAUCAGCGCCCCCCUCCCCACUCUGGGGCUCCCUCCUCUCAUCCCCCACCCUCUCCCAGCAUCUCCAUCCCCUGCAUGGGGAACAAGACGUCAGGCCCCCAUGGCUUGGGCUCCCCACUGGUGGCUUCUCCAGGCUUGGAGAAGGGGCUGGGGGGCCUGGCCCCACAGCGGGGCAGCAGGGUCUCUGUAUUGUCAGCCAGCCCAGCAUCCGACAUCAGCUAUGUGUUUGGAAGCAGCCAGUCCCUCCUCCACUCCAGCAUCUCCAGCCAUCAGUCAUCUUCUAGGUCCUUGGAAAGCCCAGCCAGCUCUUCCUCCAGUCUCCACAGCCUUGGCCAAGUGUCCCUGUGCACGAAAGCCAGUGACUUCCAGGUCCCCAGCAACCCCACUGCAAGCAUGGGCCAGCCCAGAGCAACCCACUCCCCACCACUGGCCAAGGAGCAUGCCAGCAGCUGCCCGCCCUCCAUCACCAACUCCAUGGUGGACAUACCCAUCGUGCUGAUCAACGGCUGCCCAGAACCAGGGUCUCCUCCAUCCCAGCCGACCCCAGGACACCAGGACUUUGUCCGACCUGGGGCCACUUCUUCUGGCCACUCCUGUCCAGCCACCAGGAGCCACAGCCAGACCCUGCCAGAUGCCCCUCUUACCACAUCCUCGGAGGGUUCCCCCAGGGACAUGCAGCCCACGAUGAAGUUUGUGAUGGACACAUCUAAAUACUGGUUUAAGCCAAGCAUCACCCGGGAACAAGCAAUCGAGCUGCUGAGGAAGGAGGAACCAGGGGCUUUCGUCGUGAGGGACAGUUCUUCCUACCGAGGUUCCUUCGGCCUUGCCUUGAAGGUGCAUGAGGCUCCUGCACCUGCCCAGAACCGAUCAGGUGAGGACAACAGUGACCUCAUCCGCCACUUCCUCAUUGAGUCUUCUGCCAAAGGGGUGCAUCUCAAAGGAGCAGAUGAGGAGCCUUACUUUGGGAGCCUCUCUGCCUUUGUGUGCCAGCAUUCCAUCAUGGCCCUGGCCCUGCCCUGCAAACUCACCAUCCCGCAGAAAGAAUUGGGAGGUGGAGAAGCCUCAGACCCUGCUACAGGCAGCCGGGCCUCCUGCCUAAAGAAAUCUGCAGGCUGCCAUGCCCUGUACUUGACCUCCGUGAGUGUAGAGACCCUGAGCGGAGCCCUGGCCGUGCGGAAGGCCAUCUCAACCACCUUUGAGAGGGACGUCCUCCCCACACCCACCGUGGUCCACUUCAAAGUCACGGAGCAAGGCAUCACCCUGACGGAUGUCCAGAGGAAGGUGUUUUUCCGGCGCCAUUACCCCCUCACCACCAUCCGCUUCUGUGGCAUGGACCCCGAGCAACGGAAGUGGCAAAAAUAUUGCAAGCCCUCCUGGAUCUUUGGAUUUGUGGCCAAGAGCCAGACAGAGUCCCAGGAGAAUGUAUGCCACCUGUUCGCAGAGUAUGACACGGUCCAGUCGGCCUCCCAGGUCCUCAGCCUCGUGGGUACUCUGCUGCAGGACACAGAGAGGAUGUAGGGGGAGGGAGCUCCCUCUGCACCUUCCCAGACAUCCCAUCAUACACUGAUGAGCCAAUCUAUUGGACUGGAGGAGAGAGAUACCACACCUUGGUGAAACCCUUGAAACCCUGUGACCUUCAUCAGUGACCUUCAGCCAGACCCCACUGUGUCUCAGUUUCCUCAACCAAAUAAGGAGGCCAUAGACAGGACCAGCUGUUCUCAGACUUUGGUGGGCAUCUUAACAAGUUCCCUGUGAUCCUGAAGCACACCCACACCUGAGGACCACAUGGAAACAACCUCUGAGGACCCCGGACUCCAUCAACGUGGAUACUACCAACACAGCAGCUUGAGUUAGAGACGUGUGACCCUCUGUCGUGGCAAACAGCAGGUGCUGGGUCAGGACCCAUGCUCCCCUAGCUCAAGGCUGACCUGGGAAAGAUGGUCUGCCAGAAUUGACCAAAGGAGGAAUGGACUGACUCUAUUUCCCUCCAUAUCCGUUUCUCCCA